AUGGGUAAGCCGAGGGCGGCGCGGAAGCAGCCGGUCGUACUCUCGUCCGAUUCUGAAGAGGAUGCAUCACAUUCACCGCCUCUGAGGCGGCCCAAGAGGGGCACGCUACUUAGCCUCACCGACGGGGCGCGUGGAGAAGCGAACGCUCCCCGUACCAGGGCGCAACGUGCAGCUUCACCCAAAAACCCGGCACCAUCUACCCAGAAAUCUCCAGCUAAAUCGCCUGGGAAGCCCAAGAAAUCGCCCGGGAAGCCCAAGGCAAUACACAAGCCCAUCACAUCCUUCUUCAGCAAUGUGCCCCGGGCCCGGUCGCUCCAGCCCACACCAAGUCCCGAGAAGGCUGCCACACCGCUCGAAGAUGUAGACGACAUUUUCGACAGCUCGGGCGACGAUCGCUCUGUGAAGCCGUCCACCGCGCUACCCGUCCGUAAACGUGCCAAUCCCGGAGCCGCUGCAGGCAACGAUACUGCUGCGAAAGGGAGACAGAAGUUCUUGCGAACAACAAGUGGUGCUCGUAGCACGCCUCACAGCACGCCUCCCUCCUCCCAAUCCAUCCGCGAGGAUACGAUAGAUAGGCGUCCGUGGACUGAGAAGUACGGCCCAGCUUCCCUGGAAGAAUUGGCAGUACACAAGAAGAAAGUUUCCGACGUCAGAACAUGGCUCGAGGAUGUCUUCAGCGGCCGAGGGCGCAAGAGAUUGCUCCUCCUCAAGGGCCCCGCUGGCAGUGGAAAGACCACAACCAUGUCUCUACUUGCUAAAGAGCUAGGGAUCGAUAUGCAUGAGUGGAAGAAUCCUACGAGCUCAAUCGCUGGCCCUGAAGGCUUCAUGUCAGCCACUGCGCAAUUCGAUGACUUUGUUGGCAGAGCUGGCGCAUUUGGCAGCCUCGUAUUCGAUGAGCCUUCACGGAAUGUUGCGCCACCGGCAGCCAGCGGUUCUGGCAGCAGGCAAAAACAGUUGGUCCUUGUAGAGGAAUUUCCGAAUACAUUCGCUCGUGCAUCCUCAGCCGUACAGUCCUUUCGAUCUUCAGUGCUCAACUAUCUCGCUGCGAAUACUAUGUCGGCUACUGCGUUCUUCUCGGGUCAAGUUGACCCCGUGCAGUCAGUAACACCCAUCGUCAUGAUCAUCUCAGAGACCCUGCUGUCCACGAACACGGCCGCUGCCGAUAGCUUUACUGCGCACAGAUUGCUAGGACCCGAGAUCUUGACACAUCCAGGGGUGUCUGUCAUCGACUUCAAUCCUAUCGCGGCCACUUUCAUGACAAAGGCACUCGACCUCAUGGUGAUCAAGGAAGCACGGAAGUCAGGACGAAGGAUGACUGUUGGCCCUCAAGUCAUACAACAGCUCGCGGAGCUAGGUGACAUCCGAAGCGCGGCAUCCUCCCUAGAGUUCCUCUGUUUGCGUGGCGACGAUGCUGAGGGAUGGGGCGCAAAAGUCAACUUUGCAAAGAAGAAGGGGCCGAAAGACGUACCAAUAACGAAGAUGGAACGAGAGUCACUCGAGCUCGUAACACAGCGCGAAAGCACUCUGGGUAUCUUUCAUGCCGUCGGACGUGUUGUCUAUAAUAAGCGUCUCCCCGAAACCACAGAAGCACCCGUGCUGCAACCACCGAAUUGGUUCCCUGAACGGCGAAGACCGAAAGCGUCCGAAGUCAACAUGGACACGCUCAUCGACGAGCUGGGUACCGAUACUCAGACGUUCGUUGCAGCCUUGCAUGAGAAUUACGUGCUUUCUUGUGGUGGUGCGGAUAACGAGGAAACCAUGGAGUCGAUAGAGGGAUGCAUAGAGUCACUGUCAGACGCUGACUUGCUCUCACCGGACCGCUUCGGUGCAGGCUCUGGUAGACGCAACAUCCAAAGCACGAGUGCAGACAAUCUGCGACAAGACGAAAUGUGCUUUCAAACCAGUGUACGCGGUCUUCUUUUCAAUCUGCCAAGUCCUGUCAAACGAUUGCAGCCGCCACCCGGAAUCAUGGGCAUGAAGGCCAAGGGGCAGGGAGCGGGAACCGGUCCGUCAAAAGGUAGCGCAUUCGUCAUGUAUUAUCCGGCCUCGCUGCGGAUCUGGAAGCAGCAGGAAGAGAUCAGUGACUUACUGGACAUGUGGGUGUCACGUGCUCAGCGCGGCGACCUUCUGACACCCGAUUCUGUGGCACCGAAGUUCUCAGUACCCCCUGGUGGUGUCGAAACAUGGAGGAAGAACGCAUCGUUCACGCAGCAUCCAGCUAAUUCAGCUUCCAGCUCUGCAUCUGAAGACUCACCACCUUCAGUACUCCUUGGUAGUGGCGGUUCCGCACGAUAUGAGAUGCUUCUCGAACGUCUGCCAUACCUCAUCACCAUACUGCGUAAAUCUCGAAUGCCACCACCAUCCACCGCAACUACAAUUCGCGAGAUAGAGAAAAUCACAAUGUUCACGGGAAGUGAAGUCGGAGGCAAUCCAGAUGAGGAGGACGACAAUCUAGAGGAAGUUGGCGUAGGCGAGCAAGAGCAAUGGGCCACUGACAAACCUGCUGGACCAUCGGCCCAAGAAAAAGAGAGUAAGGAUUGCGGCGAAGAUGGAGGAUGA